AUGCUUUUUGCUUCACGAAGCUUCUGUUGCCUUGGCAUUAGAACAUACCAACUACGAACAGAUUUGCUUUCCAGAUCCAUCAAACUUUCAGCCUCUGCAACAAUGGCCUUCAGACACAAAAACACAAGACGAAUUGAAGGCCUUGAUAGCAAUGUGUGGGUUGAAUUUACAAAGGUGGCAGCAGAUCCCUCAAUUGUUAAUCUUGGUCAAGGCCUUCCUGAUAUUUCCCCUCCUAGCUAUGUCAAAGAAGAGCUUGCAAAGGCAGCAGCAGUUGACAAACUGAACCAGUACACACGAGGCUUUGGACAUCCUUCGCUUGUGAAAGCCUUGUCUCAAGUGUACGAGAGAGUUUGUGGAAGAAAGAUUGAUCCUCUCACAGAUAUCCUGGUGACCGUGGGGGCUUAUGGAUCUCUCUUUAGUACAAUACAGGCAUUAAUUGGAGAGGGUGACGAAGUAAUAAUAAUAGAGCCGUUUUAUGACUGUUAUGAACCAAUGGUAAAGAUGGCAGGUGCAAAGCCUGUUUUCAUCCCACUGAGAUGUAAAAACGAUGGAAACUCUGCAUCUAGUGCUGAUUGGGUCUUAGAUCCUGCUGUUUUUUCAAAUAAAUUUAAUUCCAAAACAAAAGCAAUUAUUCUGAAUACCCCGCACAACCCUAUAGGCAAGGUGUUUACGAAAGAAGAACUCCAAGUAAUAGCUGAUCUCUGUGUUAAACAUGAUACCCUGUGCAUCAGCGAUGAGGUGUAUGAAUGGCUGGUGUAUAAAGGAAAUAAACACAUUAAAAUAGCUAUGUUGCCAGGUAUGUGGGAAAGAACAAUAACUAUAGGAAGUGCUGGAAAAACAUACAGUGUAACUGGCUGGAAGCUUGGUUGGUCUAUUGGCCCCCAGAACCUGAUUAAGCAUUUGCAAGUUGUUCACCAAAAUACACUGUAUACUUGCCCAACUCCAUUACAGGAGGCCUUGGCACAAGCAUUUUGGAUAGACUAUAAACGCAUGGAUAACCCAGACUGCUAUUUUUACUCGCUGUCUCGAGAGCUGGAAAGCAAGCGUGAUCGGAUGGCUCAGCUACUUCAAGAAGCUGGACUAAAGCCUGUCAUUCCAGAUGGAGGAUACUUUAUGAUUGUUGAUGUUUCUACAUUAAAUGUGGAUCUCUCUGAUGUAGAUGAGAAACAACCUUAUGAUUAUAAAUUUGUCAAAUGGAUGGUAACAUCUAAGAAGCUGUCAGCAAUUCCUCUUUCAGCAUUCUGUGGUCCUGAGACAAAAAGGCAGUUUGAAAAAUAUAUACGUUUUUGUUUCAUUAAGAAAGACAGCACUCUAGAUGCAGCUGAAGAGAUCCUGAAGAACUGGAAUAAACAGACAGCCUGA